AUGCGGAUAACGAUAGGGCAGCCAGACUGGCUGGCGACGACCGCCAUCGCACUGGUUCUUACAAUCCCCGGGACACUUGCCAGUAGUAGCAACACCUUCCUCAAUUUCACGUACGGCUUCGGCGGCUCCUUCUCUGCCUCCGCCGCGCCCUUCAUAUCCUACGCCGAUGCCCAGCUACGCUCGUUUGAAUGGGAGGCCAACAGCGUGCUCGUGCAGGAGGUCUACCUUUAUCGUGUCGACGGCCGUGGCGACCCCUAUGAGGUCGGUUAUGGAAAGCGGUCGACGGGCAGCGGGAGUGCGCUGCCAGUGGGCUCGAGCUCGACGGUCGAUAAUGGGUUACCGAGUGAGACGCCGGGGCAGAAUGGUGCGAAUAAUGGGGGUCUGGGACGAAGGAUGCCGCAACGAGAUGGUCGAGGUAUUGACAACCGAGCUAUGGUGACGCUUGUUGUGAACGCAUCCGAGACCUCCGGCCAAGUCUCCUUCCCAAACGAAGAUAUUAACGCCCUCGGCUCCACGAGCCUGCUCUACUUCAAGGCCAACUGGGACAACGGCACGAGCUACUCACGCCCGUUUGCCAUACGCCCCCCGAACUUCGACCCGAAAACCGACCCGCUCUAUUUGGACUCCAACUUUACCAAUGGCGUUCCCUACCAUUCGGAAUACGGCACCCCCGUCCCGCCCAACAAAGACGGCACUGGAAGUCCUACCUCCGGCUCCGGCAUUGGCGGCGAGAACUCGGGAGAUGGCGGUGUUAGCGGCGGCUUGAAUCCCACCGUGUCGGCUAACCCGCCAUCAAACAGCAGCAGCCCCAGCAGUAACGGUGGGCUCGCGACAGGCGCCAUCAUCGGUAUCGCCGUGGCUUGUGGUAUUGUCGGCCUCCUUCUCAUAAUCGGGGUCGCCUGGUAUCUACUGCGCCGCCGACGUCAGAACAAGGCAACUCGCAUCCCUGGCGGCGACUCUACGUACGAUUCAAUUCACCACCGGGGCCAUGCCGGCGAGGAGCUUAUCGCCGAGAAAGAGGCAGCAGCUGCCGACGUUGAUGUCGCGCCGCACUCGCCGUACUCAGACGAAGGUACGACACUGAACGGCGGCCCUGGCCCUAGCGGUAGUGGCGCAGCAGCAGCAGCAGCAGCAAACGGUGCUGCUAUUGAACCCACAGCAGCCGGCGCGGUCCUAGCAUCAACAACCGCAGCUGCAGGGGCAGCGGGGGCCGGAGCCGCCGCGACGGGAGCACACCACCUUGAAAACCCCCCACGCUCCUUCACGCCCUACUCAGACCGCCGUCCCAGCGCCGCCGGCACCGGUACGCCUAGCGUGCGGACGGCCUCACUCGCCCAAACGGCCCACACCGCCGGGAAUGAAGACGGCGCUGCUCCCCCACGGUCACUCAGCGCCAUCCCAGGUGGUGCGAGCGCGCCCGGACGCGCGACGCCACGCGGGUUGACGACGCCAUAUGCGCAUCUAGUGGAGGACGGGAUGACGGAGGACGAGAUCCGGCGAUUAGAAGAGGAGGAGAGGCAAUUGGAUGCGGCUAUUGAGCAGGCGGGGAGACGGUAA